CCCCUACGUCUCCACCCGCGGCCUUCGACCUCCACCCUCGCGCACCAUGACCAGCCUGAAGCGCUCCCAGACGGAGCGCUCGGUCGGGGGCUCGGUCCCGGCCUCUGACGAGUUCUACACCCGCCGCCUGCGCCUGCCCAACGGCGGGGCGCCCCCGCCCCGCAGCGAGAGCACGCACAUCUCCUCCUCCUCCUCGUCGUCGGGCUCCAACGCCCCGGCUACCAACCCCGGCGUGCCCAAGAUGGGGGUGCGCGCCCGAGUGGCCGACUGGCCCCCCAGGAAGGACGGGGGAGGAGGAGGAGGAGGAGGAGGAGGAGGAAGCAGCAGCCGAGGUGGGGGCUCGGGGGGCAGCGGCGGGGGAGGGAGCCUUGGCAGUGGAGGGGGAGGAGGAGGAGGAGAAAGAGAGAGAGAAAGAGGCGGCGGCGGCGGAGAAAGGGAGAGGGGCGUGACGGCCGUCGCGGCCCACAGCAACCUGUCGGCCAAGCUGGGCCACCUCAUCAGCCCCCAGGACUCGUCCAUGCUGCGCAACAUCCACAACACGCUGAAGAACAAGAUGCACAGCAAGGGCAAGGACAACCGCUUCCUGUCGCCCGACGGCUACCAGGGCUCCCCGCGGAAGGGCAUGCGGCGCAUCCGCCAGCGCAGCAACAGCGACAUCACCAUCAGCGAGCUGGACGGCGACGGCAGCGAGGGCUGGUCCUUCUCGGGCUGGACGCCCAUGCACCGCGAGUACGGCAGCACCUCCUCCAUCGACAAGCACGGCGGCUCGGGCGAGAGCUUCUUCGACAUGCUGAAGGGCUACCAGUCGUCGGAGGCCCCCGACCAGCGCAGCCCGGCCCCCGAGAGGCUGGGCGAGCUGCUCACGGUGGCCCCCGUCAAGCAGGCGGCCCUGGACCUGCCCGACGGGCCGCUGGGCCAGACGCGCGGCAGCCCCGCCAGCCGCCUCAAGGAGCGGGAGAAGCACCUGAAGAGGAGGUCCAAGUCGGAGACGGGCGGGGAGUCCAUCUUCCGCAAGCUGCGCAGCGUCAAGGCGGAGGGCGACGCGUCGCGGGCGGGCUCGGACGCGGAGGACGGCGGGAAGGCGGAGGAGGGCGGCCAGAGCGUCCACAAGCCCUGGGUGUGCCAGAAGGGCUUCGCCCACUUCGACGUCCAGUCGCUGCUCUUCGACCUCAACGAGCUCAUACACACGCGGCAGUCGGGCGGCAAGCGCAAGAACACCACCACCGGCGCCUCGGCCGCCGCCGCCGCCUCGGCCUCCUCCUCCCUCUCCUCCAAUCAGAGCGCCGCGUACGGCUCCCCCUGCGGGUCCCAGGAGGAGCUGAGCGCCAAGGAGGGCUCGGGACACGGCGCUAACCCGGCCCUGGACCCCGGGGACGACAAGAGCAACGAGCUGGUGCUCAGCUGCCCCUGCUUCAGGAACGAGAUCGGCGGCGAGGGGGAGAGGAGCAUCUGCCCCUCCAAACAGGGCAGCAUUGGCAGCGGGGGCGGCUCCGGCGGCUCCCUGGGCAGCACGGAGGAGGGGCCCCUGGACGGCACCCUCUCCAGCCACUUCACCAACGCGGGCGUGGCCGUGCUGGAGGCCCCCAAGGACGGGCAGGGCCAGCACACGGAGCGGGGCAAGCGCUACAUCGUGGAGCACGUGGACCUGGGGUCCUACUACUACCGCAAGUACUUCUUUCUCAGAGAGCACUGGAACUACCUGGGGGUGGACGAGAGCCUGGGCCCCGUGGCGGUGAGCCUGCGGCGGGAGAAGCUGGAGGAGCACAAGGACCACGGGCAGCAGUACAACUACCGCGUGAUCUUCAGGACCAGCGAGCUGGCCACGCUGCGGGGCUCCAUCAUGGAGGACGCCGUGCCCUCCACCUCCAAGCACGGGCUGGCGCGGGGCCUGCCCCUCAAGGAGGUGCUGGAGCACCUGGUGCCGGAGCUCAACGUGCACUGCCUGCGGCUGGCGCUCAACACGCCCAAGGUCACGGACCAGCUGAUGAAGCUGGACGAGCAGGGGCUGAGCUUCCAGCUGAAGGUGGGGGUGAUGUACUGCGCGGCGGGCCAGAGCAGCGAGGAGGAGAUGUACAACAACGAGGCGGCGGGACCCGCCCUGGAGGAGUUCCUGCAGCUGAUUGGCGAGCGUGUGCGCCUCAAGGGCUUCUCCAAGUACCGGGCGCAGCUGGACACCAAGACCGACUCCACCGGUACACACUCCCUGUACACCACCUACAAGGACUACGAGAUCAUGUUCCACGUGUCCACCAUGCUGCCCUACACGCCCAACAACAAGCAGCAGUUGCUACGGAAGCGACACAUCGGGAACGACAUCGUCACCAUCGUCUUCCAAGAGCCCGGCGCGCAGCCGUUCACCCCAAAGAACAUCCGCUCGCACUUCCAGCACGUGUUUGUGGUGGUGCGGGCGCACAACCCCUGCACAGACGACACCUGGUACAGUGUGGCCGUCACCCGCUCCAAGGACGUGCCCGCCUUCGGCCCGCCCAUCCCGGAGGGCGUGACCUUCCCCAAGUCCUCGGUCUUCCGGGACUUCCUGCUGGCCAAGGUCAUCAACGGCGAGGGGGCGGCGCACAAGUCCCAGAAGUUCCGCGCCAUGGCCACGCGCACGCGGCAGGAGUACCUGCGGGACCUGGCGGAGCGCCACACCACCAGCACGCCCAUCGACCCCUCGGGCAAGUUCCCCUUCAUCUCGCUGGCGCACAAGAAGAAGGAGCGCAGCCGGCCGUACGCCGGCGCCGAGCUGCGCAGCCUGGGCGCCGUGACGUGGGCGGUGCACGCCGAGGACCACUGCGGCGGUGGCGGCGAGGUGGACGCCCUGCUGGCGCUCUCCAACGACUUCCUGGUGCUGCUGGAGCGCGAGGCCCGGGCGCUGGUGUUCAACUGCGCCACGCGCGACGUGAUCGGCUGGACGCUGGGCGGCGCCGCCUCCCUGCGCGUCUUCUACGAGCGCGGCGAGUGCGUGAGCCUGCGCAGCGCGGGGAACAACGCGGACGACUUCAAGGAGGUGGUCAAGCGGCUGGAGUUCCUGACCAAAGGCUGCGAGACAUCAGAGAUGACACUCCGCCGCAACGGCCUGGGUCAGCUGGGUUUCCACGUCAACUACGAGGGCAUCGUUGCUGAGGUGGAGCCCUACGGCUACGCCUGGCAGGCGGGCCUGCGGCAGGGCAGCCGGCUGGUGGAGAUCUGCAAGGUGGCCGUGGCGACACUGACCCACGAGCAGAUGAUUGACCUGCUGAGGACGUCGGUGGCGGUGCGCGUGGUCAUCAUACCGCCGUACGACGACGCCACGCCGCGCAGGGGCUGCUCGGAGAUGUUCCGCGGGCCCACGGUGGACUACAAGGGCAGCAGCGACAGCAGCAGCGGCGGCUCCUUCGAGUACAAGUUCCCCUUCCGCAGCAACAACAACAAGUGGCAGCGGACCUCCAGCAGCCCCCAGCAGUCGCUGACGGCCUCGCCCCAGCCCCACACGCCCAACCGGGCCGUCAGCCUGGGCAGCUCGGGGGGCAAGACGCUGUCGGCCGAGCGGCUGGAGCGGGGCGGCGGCGGCGUCAUCCCCCGCAGCGUCAGCAGCGACGGGCGGCCGCUGGACCCCAAGCGGAUGUCCCCGGGGGGCAGUGACGGCUAUGGCCUGGGGUCCUCUCUGGCGCUGGGCCGCUCCCCCCACAACCGCAGCUCCCCCAGCAACCUGUCCUGCUCCAGUGACGCCUCCGCUAGCUCCUCCCACUGGAGGACCCAGAAGUCCAUGCCGGAGCAAUUCGGAGGCAGCCGUCACUCCCCCAUGUCCUCAGAGCGUCAGGUUGUGGGAGAAGGCGGGUCCAGCGGCAAGUCCACUCCUAAUUGGUCGAGGAUGGAGGAAGGGGGAGCGGUUGACAGAGGCUCUGCAGAAGCGCCCGUGGCGAAGUCUGGCCCAGGCUACUCAGGAGCUCCACGCAUCCAGAGGCAGGAGCAGGUCAUUCACCUGUCCCCAAAGAAAGGAAGCCAGUCGGACGGCCCCUACUCGGGCCACUCCAGCAGCAACACCCUGUCCAGCACCGCCUCCAGCGGGGGCCUCAGCGACGGCGACAAGUGGUUUGACCUGGGGGCCGGCGGUGGCGGCGAUCCGGCCGAGGCGGAGCCCAACGGCCUGGGCGGCGGCGGCUACCUCGGGGGCGCCUCAGCUGACAGCGGCAUCGACACGGGCUCCUACGGUGCGCCGCACCACGGCCACUCCCACGGCCACGCCCACCCCCACUCCCACCACGGCAGCUCCAGCUCCCUGCUGGCGCCCGGCGCUGCUGGGGGCGGGUCUAGGGAUGGCCGGGACAGCCGAGAGGGGCGGGACAGCCGAGAGGGCCGGGACAGCCGAGAGCGGGCCACGCCCUCCCCGUGGCACAGCCCCACCGAGGGGGGCCGCAGGAUGCUGGAGCGCUCCCCCGCCGCGGCCGAGGCGCCCGUGCCCCCCCCGUCGGAGAGCAGCAUGGAGCGCACGGGCCGCACCCCCCCCACCCACCUGCUGGUCCGGGACAGCAGCACAUACAGUCUGAGCGACGUCGGCUCCCACUCCAGCUCCCGCCACUCGGGCCACAGCUCUCCCCGUGAGGAGUCCUCGUCGUCGUCCUCCUCGGCCACCUCUCCCUCCUCCCAGGCCUCCUCGGUGUCCCCGGGCCCCAAGAGCUUCUACCCUCGCCAGGGCGCUCAGUCCAAGUACCUGAUUGGCUGGCGCAAGCCCGGCUCCACCAUCAACUCUGUGGACUUUGGAGACACGCGCAAGAAGUCUCCAGGCGAGGGCGGGAUGGAGGGGGGCGUGCCGACGCCUGCGGCCCGGCCCUCCCUGCGGGACAUGCACUCCCCCCAGCUCUACGCCAAGUCGGUCAUGGAGGAGGACACCAAGAGGCACAACGACAGCCCCCCGCCGCUGCCCCGUAGACACAAGGACAAGUCGUCCCCGGGGUCCAAGCCCCCCAGCCACCGCCGCUCCCUGCACCGCACGCUGUCCGACGAGAGCAUCUACCGGGGCCAGCGGCCGCCGCCCCUCACCGACUCGGUGUCGGAGCAGACGCUGGGCUCCGACGUGCUGUUCAGCUGCUCCACCGUGCCGCGCUCGCCCACCACGCGCGGCGUGCCCCUGCGCCGGCCCUCCUACAAGCUGGGCAUCAAGCUCCACGGCGACUUGUCUGCGUCCGACACCUCAUUGGUGGAGCUGGUGGAGCGUCAGCGUAGGCCCCUCCCCCAGGAGCUGAUGCCCCUCCCACCGUCUCUGGAAAGGGACAGCCCCCUGGACUGGACGCACCUGGUGGACGUGGCCAACACCUUUGACGUCCAGAGAGGCUUUGUGUACUCAGACCCCAGUCAUCACCGGGGCAGUGGCGCCUCCAGCCCCCAGCAGCCCCACAUAGAGCUGCAGCCCCCGCCAAUAUCAAGACCCUCCUCCAGCGAGGGCCACAUAGGGCUGGAGAGGAAGGUCACCAAGCUGGAGGCCAUGGUGAAGAUGCUGCAGGAGGACCUGAAGAAGGAGCGCGAGGACAAGGCGCGCCUCCAGACCCAGAUCAAGAGGCUGUGGGACGACAACCAGCGGCUGAAGGAGGAGUCUCAGACCUCCGCUGCCAAGCUCAAGAAGUUCACCGAGUGGGUGUUCAACACCAUCGACAUGAACUGACUCGCCCAACACACCCGGACACACUGCCAGACCACACACACACUGACACACACACACACAGACACUGCCAGACACACACACUGACACACACACACACACACACACACAGAUACUGCCAGACACACACACACACACAGAUACUGCCAGACACACACAUACACACACACACACACAGCCAGACACACGCAUACACACACACACUGACGCACACACUGCCAGACAUACACACACACACACAUUGCCAGACAGCCACACAAAGACACACACACACGGCAUCCAUUCCGACAUGUAUUGAAAAGCACAAACCCGCUGACGCACACCGAAGGGACUAGGAGCAAAGGGACGGUUCAUCCCUUGGAAAAUCGGAGGCUGGAUCACCAGCUCUGGAGACACACUUCCACCGGUCUGUCCUGGCCCAGAGGCAGGAGGAACCUGGAGGCGGCUCCCAGGAGCCCCUCCGUCCUACAAUCCAACCCCCUGUCCUACUACUCAGGACGACCAUGUCCAGCGCGGAGAGAGAAGAGGGGAAUAAAGCAAUCAUUUGAACAAGGGCCUCUCCAAGCACAACCCGGUGACCCAGCCCCCACCACCACCGCCUCUAGACAUGUCCCUCUCUGGCACUGCUCUUUCUCUCGCUCUCGCUCCCAUUCUCUUUCUGUUGCUCUCUUUCGACAUUUGUAAGUAUGGUGCAUCGAGAAUCUCCCCACCUCUCAGCUUGAAACCCGUCAGACCACCCUUGCCACUACCGAUAUUGCCAACCAUUGGUGAGCCAUUGCCCACCAUAAAAACCAGACACCACACAUUUUUCUAUUGAAACCCAUUCAGAAGGACUUUAGAAUCCGCCAUGUUUUGUGCCUGGUACUUCUGGGGACUGCCUGUACUCUUCACAAAACGUAAAGCCUUCCUGUUGAAUACAGUCCCGCCGGCCAGAGCCAUCCCACAGGGCGGUGUCUUUUUCUACACGCACACAUAAGCUGGUGGUCCUCCGCUUGGGUCAGAGGGGUCUCCACACCCCGUUCCCCGGUCUGUACUGUACAGGCGGCGCCAGCCCGCCCUGGGGGACCUCCCGGACCCCCGGCCCGGGGGGGCUCACUGAAAAGCCAUCGGAAGCUGUGCCAUGGGGAACCCACCUGAGUAGUGUCCGGGACGUCCCUUGUUUUCGUCCCAUUUCUUCACAAGGUCUUCAGAAACAAAACCCGGUAAGAAAACCAAGCAAUAGGAUCAAGUGCUGGAGAAGCGUGGCCUACGACGCAGCAGCAUGCUGGUGGCACGGGGAGGAGGACACGCAGCCCGCCCCCUUACCUCGCCCCGCCGCAGCCUCUAGGGCUCCCAGCUUCAGGACGGCUCGCCGAGAGGAGAGGGUCGUGGGAGAAGGAGCUCCCCCCAUCUUCAGUAGGAAGUCAUGGCGGUGAGGACUCCCUAGUUCCCACAGCGUAAACAUUCGUGGGACGUUUUCUCCGAUUUAAUUUAUUUCCUUGUAUUAUAAUUCCAAUAAUUAAGUUGAUUGAUUAGUAAAGUGCAACUGACAUCAGUGUUAUGUUUAUAUAUAUAUAUAAAAAUAUAUAUGAAAAGGGUUGCUUCCUAUGUUAUUAUUUAAAUAGCUCCCCCCCCCCCCCAACCCUCUUUGAUUGUUUUGCUUGUUCUGCCUUGAGCCUAAUAUGGUUAUAUGGUUCUGCAAUGUUUCUCAUUGUAGUUUGUGCUUCUUCAAGCCUACUGUUGUGUUGUUUCCUGUGUCCUCUAGUGGUGACCAGUAGAAUGCCAUGCUUUUUUACCCUUUGAGUUUUCUCAUCAUUUGCUCCCAACAAACUGACUUUGCGAAAAAAAACAGUGUUAAUCCCAAUGAGACAGGUCAGAAGAACCGGAGGAGACCAUAAAGAAGCUUAAAGACAUACAAUCAGAGAGCAUAUUACGUGCAGGUGUUUGUGUAUGCAUGUGUGUGAGUUAAGCAACUGCAGAUUGUGUGUCUGUGUGUGUGUGUGUGUGUGUGUGUGUGUGUGUGUGUGUGUGAGGCUUCAUCACUGAGCGGUGGGUGGAGCCAGGACGUGCCUUUUUGAACCACAGCUGAGAUGAGCGAUGUUGGGGACGAGCUCUACUUUUGAAGUAGUAGUCGUCGUCGUAGUGUUCGCGGAGAGCAGCUGCUGACACAAAAACACUCCCACACGCUGUGUGAUGUCGUCCACAGUCAUCCCACAGCUCUGAACCAGACGGGUGUGUGUCUGUAGUGGAGCCCCCAGUAACUUGGUCUGUAUUUUUAAAUCAGCCAUCUGCCUUUCCACAGCACAAUGAGCCCAACAGGACCCCAGAUAUGGAGAAAGAUGUAGUGUGUGUGUGUGUGUGUGUGUUUAUCUGUGUGGGCAUGCCACUGUUUGUUUACAUUCAUGGCUACAAGAGCAUGCAGAUGGUUAUUCACCCUUUUUUAAUGUUGACAUGUAUAGGCAGUAAAAAAAGGUAUAUUUCCAGGCAAGAAUGCCUGGAAAUAGGGUAAGGGUUCACAUACUGUUGUGAAGCGAGAAGAACUAUAUAGCCAUUUCUCAUCAAGGUGCCUAAAGUGUGUGUGUGUGUGCCUGUGUGCGUGUGUGUGUGUGUGUGCCUGUGUGUGUGUGUUGGGUUGUUCAACAGGCUCUCAUGUAUUCAUUUAUCCUGUCAAUUGUAACCGCACUUUACGUAUGAUGCCAUUGUCGGGAUAUGAAAGCCAUUUGUUAUCAAACUAUUUUAUUGUUUGUGGAGAUUCCCCCAAAAAUAGACCACUAUUCUCUUAUUUGAUGGCAUACUCCAAAAUUAGCAUAUCAACAUUUCAGGGAUUAAAGAAAAAGCAUGGCAAUAUCACCCUGACCGAUUGUCAAACAACAAACAUGAAUGAAUCAGGAGAAGACUACAAUCGUCCUGUGCUGCCGCCAUCUGGCAGAGAGAUAGAUUUAAACGUUGGAGGGAGAGAGAGACAAAUCUCCUCAAACAGAAAUGUGUUGAGGUGUUGGUUCUGUUGUAGGAAUCUUGUGUCUGUCUAGUCCGUGUGUUCGGCCUGUCUGGAUUAGUAAGUGCAGACAUCAAGAAAUAAACAUUUCAUUGGACAACCUUAGACCUGAAAACUGCAAAAAUAGACAAUUCAUGUCAAUGUUCCCAUGUCGCUUGGAGUUGAGACGAGAUUGCCCUUUUUAACCGGCGGUAGGUUCCCAAUUGCCUCCCAUGUCUGCAAAAAUAGUACAACCAGUAUACCAGGGAAUGACACUUUGGGGUGAUGAAACCAGUGAUUUCUGUAAGAUCAGCAGCACUGCGGCGACGCGUAUUGUUCAUAAAGUUGAAGGAUAAUUGAUGUAAACCUGUGGAUGUUCCAGCACAGACUCGCCCUCUAACUGUGCUGCUUAUCUGUACCACUCAGACCAAUUGGGUUCAGAUGUUCCACAACUAUUCCAUUUUGUAACAUAUGUGCAAUCGUUAUUUUUCAUUAAUGUUUGCACAGUGGAUUUUUUUUUCUGUUUGUAGAAAUUGUUGCCUAUAUACAGGAUGUGGAAUAUGUACUCAUCCUAUGUAUUGUAAAGUUUUAAAAUGUUCCCAAAAUAUUUUUGGUGUGUUUAUUUUUAUGCCUGGUUGUGGUUUGUUGUAGAUUAGGAAGAAGGGAACUUAAGACUGGGGCCAAGCACUAUGUGUGUGCGCUUGACUGAUCAUUCUGCAGAAGGGACAAGUGAAGGGUAAAGAUACACCAUUUCAAAUUUGGAUUAAAACUGAUCAAAUUGAAAUACUGUUUACAUCUCGCUUUCAUGUCCUUUUUGUAAAGUGUGAAGGUAUUAAAAGAAAAUACAUUUGAAGUGAUCACAGUAUUAAACGUUUCUGAAAUAAAAUAAAUGCUGUAUUGCUUUGUGAUUUUAUCCAUUGUUUUGGUUUUCUUUUGGAGUUGCUUGAAAGCUGCCAUAUUACUGUAAAAUGCACUUUGUUUUUCUGAUGUGAAUCUGAUUCAGAAUGCAGUGGACCCAGGUUUGUAUUUUGUCCUAUGAACAUUGUUAUUGUAAUUGACCUGAACCCGUGGAUCCAUUGGAAAUAAAUGGAUCAUACUUGAUGAAUAAAUCCUUUGAAGAUGCUUAUUCACUUAAUAAAAUAAUCCCUGUAUAUAGUCCAUGUUGUCUGUGAUGUUUGGUACACGACGGUGGGUGGGAGAACAUUGAGGUCGAUGAUUCAUCUGGUUGAGAGAUGCGUAUGAGCUUUAUUUACCUUGAUGCUUUCUAUCCAAGGUCUGUUACAAAGGUACAUCUGACCUGAAGGAGGCAGGCCAUCCAAAGCCAAGGAUCCGCCUCUGUUCAUGAAAGAGAUUUCCUCAUAAAUGCUGUUGCAAUGGUAAGUGACAUCAUGCAUCUUUGUGAACAUAUAUUUAGUGAUUUAACUAUCCGUUUUAUCCAAUGGGAUUUACACUGUUUUUGUGCUCUAGAUGCAAUUCAUUAAUGAGCAGGUGGGGGUUUAACAUCUUGCCCAAGGAUACUUGUAGGUAGAAUGCAGCGAUUUGGGUUUGAAUUGAAGAAGUGCCAGGUCUGUAGGAGUUUAACAAACGGCUAAAACUGUAUCAAAGGAUGUGUUGGCUAUUUUACAGACAACUUUAACGAUAUGGCCUACAUGAACCGCUUUCCAGUCAAAUGUGACACUGCCUGUCUCCUGCUGACCGGUAUUGUCUGUCUUACUUGUCCUCAGCAAUGGGGAAACACCAGGUGGCAGCCAUGUGAGAAGAAGUCU